UUGAUAUUUUCUCUCUUUAGUAAGCCGCCACCAUGAGUACGGACGCGGAGAUGGCCAUUUAUGGCAAAGCUGCCAUUUACCUUCGUAAGCCUGAGAGGGAGAGAAUGGAGGCUCAGGCCAAACCAUUUGAUGCCAAGUCUGCCUGCUAUGUGGCUGAUGUCAAAGAGUUGUACCUCAAGGGAACAAUCAAGAGCAAAGACGGUGGCAAAGUCACAGUUGUUUUGCUUGAUACUAAGGAGGAGAGAGUUGCCAAGGAAGAAGAUGUCUACCCAAUGAAUCCUCCCAAGUAUGACAAGAUUGAGGACAUGGCCAUGAUGACCCAUCUCAAUGAAGCCUCUGUGCUGUAUAACCUCAAAGAGCGUUAUGCUGCGUGGAUGAUCUACACCUACUCUGGACUCUUCUGCGCAACUGUGAACCCCUACAAGUGGCUCCCAGUGUAUGAUUCAGAAGUGGUGUCUGCCUACAGAGGCAAAAAGCGUAUGGAGGCCCCACCCCACAUCUUCUCUGUCUCUGACAACGCCUAUCAGUUCAUGCAGACUGAUAGAGAAAACCAGUCUGUCCUAAUCACUGGAGAAUCUGGUGCUGGAAAGACUGUGAACACGAAACGUGUCAUCCAGUACUUUGCCACAGUUGCAGUGUCAGGUGUCAAGAAAGAGGCCAGUAAAAUAAAGGGCUCUCUUGAGGACCAGAUCAUUGCUGCUAACCCUCUGCUUGAGUCUUAUGGUAAUGCCAAGACUGUGAGAAAUGACAACUCAUCUCGUUUUGGUAAAUUCAUCAGAAUUCAUUUCGGCACAACUGGAAAACUGGCUAGUGCUGACAUUGAGACAUAUCUGCUGGAGAAGUCUAGAGUGUCAUUCCAGCUUCCAGAUGAGAGAGGCUACCACAUCUUCUUCCAGAUGAUGACCAACCAUAAGCCUGAGAUUAUUGAAAUGUCGCUCCUCACCACCAACCCCUAUGACUUCCCCAUGUGCAGUCAGGGUCAGAUCACAGUGGCCAGCAUUGAUGAUAAAGUUGAGCUGGAUGCUACUGAUGAUGCUAUUGACAUUCUUGGCUUUAGUGGUGAUGAAAAGAUGAGCAUCUACAAGUUCACUGGAGCUGUGCUUCAUCAUGGCAACAUGAAGUUCAAGCAGAAGCAGCGUGAGGAGCAGGCUGAGCCUGAUGGCACAGAGGAAGCUGACAAAAUCGCCUACCUUCUGGGUUUGAACUCUGCUGAAAUGCUGAAGGGUUUGUGCUACCCGAGAGUCAAGGUCGGAAAUGAGUAUGUGACCAAAGGCCAGACUGUGCCACAGGUGUACAACUCUGUUAGCGCCUUGGCCAAAUCUAUCUAUGAAAGGAUGUUCUUGUGGAUGGUCAUUCGUAUCAACCAGAUGUUGGACACAAAACAACAAAGAAAUUUCUACAUUGGUGUGCUGGAUAUUGCUGGCUUUGAGAUCUUUGAUUACAACAGCAUGGAGCAGCUGUGCAUCAACUUCACCAAUGAGAAACUGCAACAGUUUUUCAACCACACCAUGUUUGUGCUGGAGCAAGAGGAGUACAAGAAGGAGGGCAUUGUUUGGGAGUUCAUUGACUUCGGCAUGGACUUGGCUUCUUGCAUUGAGCUCAUUGAGAAGCCCAUGGGUAUCUUCUCCAUCCUUGAAGAGGAGUGCAUGUUCCCCAAAGCUUCAGACACUUCCUUCAAGAACAAGCUAUAUGAUCAGCAUCUUGGCAAGAACAAAGCUUUCGAGAAACCAAAGCCUGCCAAAGGCAAGGCUGAAGCCCACUUCUCCUUGGUUCACUACGCUGGAACUGUGGACUACAAUAUCACUGGCUGGUUGGACAAGAACAAGGAUCCACUGAAUGAUUCUGUUCUGCUGCUGUACCAGAAGUCUUCUGUCAAACUGCUGGCUACUCUCUACCCACCUGUUGUUGAGGAUAAUACUAAAAAGGGAGGCAAGAAGAAGGGUGGCUCCAUGCAGACUGUGUCCUCCCAGUUCAGGGAGAACUUGGGCAAACUCAUGACCAACUUAAGGGCCACUCACCCUCACUUUGUGCGUUGCCUGAUUCCUAAUGAGUCCAAGACUCCAGGUCUCAUGGAGAACUUCCUGGUUAUCCACCAGCUGAGGUGUAAUGGUGUUCUGGAGGGCAUCAGAAUCUGCACAAAGGGUUUCCCCAUUAUUAACACCCUGACCAAAUCCAAGACAAAGCUUGAGCAGCAAGUUGAUGACCUUGAGGGUUCCCUUGAACAAGAGAAGAAGCUCCGCAUGGACCUGGAGAGAACCAAGAGAAAGCUUGAAGGAGACCUGAAAUUAUCCCAAGAGUCCAUCAUGGACCUGGAGAAUGACAAGCAGCAAUCUGAUGAGAAAAUAAAAAAGAAAGACUUUGAAACAAGUCAGCUGCUCAGCAAGAUUGAAGAUGAACAAUCUCUAGGUGCUCAACUCCAGAAGAAAAUCAAGGAGCUUCAGGCUCGCAUUGAGGAACUGGAGGAAGAGAUCGAGGCUGAGCGCGCUGCUCGUGCCAAGGUUGAGAAGCAGAGAGCUGAUCUCUCCAGGGAACUUGAGGAGAUCAGUGAGAGGCUUGAGGAGGCUGGAGGAGCCACUUCUGCUCAGAUCGAGAUGAAUAAGAAGCGUGAAGCUGAAUUCCAGAAGCUGCGUCGUGAUCUUGAAGAGUCCACCCUCCAGCAUGAAGCUACUGCUGCUGCCCUCCGCAAGAAGCAGGCAGACAGUGUGGCCGAGCUGGGAGAGCAAAUUGACAACCUGCAGCGUGUUAAGCAGAAGCUUGAGAAAGAGAAGAGCGAAUUCAAAAUGGAGAUUGAUGAUCUUUCCAGCAACAUGGAAGCUGUUGCCAAAGCAAAGGGCAAUCUUGAGAAGAUGUGCCGCACACUUGAGGACCAACUUAGUGAAAUUAAGUCCAAGAAUGACGAGAACAUUCGUCAGUUAAAUGAUCUCAGUACACAAAGUGCAAGAUUUCAAACUGAAAAUGGUGAGUUUGGCCGUCAGCUGGAGGAGAAGGAGGCUCUGGUUUCUCAGCUCACCAGAGGCAAACAAGCUUCCACUCAGCAAAUUGAGGAACUUAAGAGGCAUAUUGAAGAGGAGGUUAAGGCUAAGAACGCACUGGCCCAUGCUGUGCAAUCAGCCCGUCAUGACUGCGACCUGCUCCGUGAGCAGUUUGAGGAAGAGCAGGAGGCAAAGGCUGAGCUGCAGCGGGGAAUGUCAAAGGCCAACAGUGAGGUUGCUCAGUGGAGAACCAAAUAUGAAACUGAUGCCAUCCAGCGCACUGAGGAACUUGAAGAGUCCAAGAAGAAGCUGGCUCAGCGUCUGCAAGAGGCAGAGGAACAAGUUGAGGCAGUGAACUCCAAAUGUGCAUCUCUGGAGAAGACCAAACAGAGACUCCAGGGUGAGGUGGAGGACCUCAUGAUUGAUGUGGAGAGAGCCAAUGGUUUGGCUGCUAACCUUGACAAGAAGCAGAAGAACUUCGACAAGGUCCUGGCAGAAUGGAAGCAGAAAUAUGAGGAAGGUCAGGCAGAGCUGGAAGGUGCCCAGAAAGAGGCUCGUUCACUCAGCACUGAACUGUUCAAGAUGAAGAACUCCUAUGAGGAGAGCCUGGAUCAGCUGGAGACCCUCAAGAGAGAAAACAAGAAUCUGCAGCAGGAAAUUUCAGAUCUGACAGAGCAGUUAGGUGAGACUGGUAAGAGCAUCCAUGAGCUGGAAAAGGCCAAGAAGACAGUGGAGACUGAGAAGGCAGAGAUUCAGACCGCCCUGGAGGAGGCCGAAGGUACACUGGAGCAUGAGGAGUCCAAGAUUCUUCGUGUCCAGCUUGAGCUAAACCAGAUCAAGGGAGAGGUUGACAGGAAGCUUGCAGAGAAGGAUGAGGAGAUGGAGCAGAUAAAGAGGAACAGCCAGAGAGUCAUUGAAUCCAUGCAGGGCACUCUGGACUCUGAAGUCAGGAGCAGGAAUGAUGCCCUGAGAAUCAAGAAGAAGAUGGAGGGAGACCUUAAUGAGAUGGAGAUUCAGCUGAGUCACGCCAAUCGCCAGGCUGCUGAGGCCCAGAAACAGCUCAGGAACAUUCAGGGACAACUCAAGGAUGCCCAACUGCACCUUGAUGAUGCCCAGAGAGGACAGGAAGACAUGAAGGAGCAGGUGGCCAUGGUGGAGCGCAGAAACACUCUGAUGCAGUCUGAGAUUGAGGAGCUGAGAGCUGCUCUGGAGCAGACAGAGAGAGGCCGCAAAGUGGCAGAACAAGAGCUGGUGGAUAUCAGUGAGCGUGUUGGGCUGCUGCACUCUCAGAACACAAGUCUCCUGAACACCAAGAAGAAGCUUGAAGCUGACCUUGUUCAUGUCCAAAGUGAAGUUGAUGACACUGUGCAGGAAGCCAGAAAUGCAGAGGAGAAGGCCAAGAAGGCCAUCACUGAUGCUGCAAUGAUGGCAGAAGAGCUGAAGAAGGAGCAGGACACCAGUUCUCACCUUGAGAGGAUGAAGAAAAAUCUGGAGAUCACAGUGAAGGACCUGCAGCACCGUCUGGAUGAGGCUGAGAAUCUGGCCAUGAAAGGAGGAAAGAAACAACUCCAGAAGUUGGAGUCCAGAGUCCGUGAGCUUGAGGCCGAAGUUGAGGCUGAGCAGAGACGUGGAGCUGAUGCUGUUAAAGGUGUCCGCAAAUAUGAGAGGAGAGUGAAAGAGCUCACUUAUCAGACUGACGAGGACAAGAAGAACAUCGCCAGACUCCAGGAUUUGGUUGACAAACUGCAGCUGAAGGUCAAAGUCUACAAGAGGCAGUCUGAAGAGGCGGAGGAGCAAGCCAAUGGUCACCUGUCCAAGUUGAGGAAGGUGCAGCAUGAGCUUGAGGAGGCUGAGGAGCGUGCUGACAUUUCUGAGUCUCAGGUCAACAAGCUCAGAGUUAAGAGCCGUGAUUCUGGAAAGGCCAAAGAAGAAUAAAUCUUUAACACUUGAAAGGAGCAUUUACUGAAGUCAUAUAAUAUGAAUUGUAAAAGUACCUUUCUUAAUAAACCUGUUUAUUUCAGCAAAUAAUUAGCCUGUGUGUGAUUUUUCAACAAUAUACACUAUUACAACACUGAUGUCUGAUCUAUAUGAUUACAUUAAACCUUAUUAUUCA